UUCACUAUACGCCAGGCUUCCGUGAGUCGUACUAGUGUAUGCUUAAUUAUUGAUAACAUUACAUAAAGUGCAGUGACAAUGAAUUAUUAUUUUAUCGUUUUAGGUGUCAUUUGUUUACAAACAAAAUGGAUUUAUGGUAUACCCGUAGGAGUAUCCAGCUUCUCUUACCAGGACUCGUCCGGGAAUAGGUACGGUGGCACUUAUCAGAUACCAGAUGGUCAAUUUGGCCAUUUCUUCGCACCGAACGAUCUUCCUUUUCAGAUACCCUUUGAACAAAAUAAUUACCUACCACAGGGGAACUUCUUCCCUGAUUAUUUUAGAAACUUCGAAUAUCUGAUACAAGAGGCGUUCCGAUCAAAUUUUGCUAAUCAGAACCUAGCUUUGAAGGCCGCUCGGAAGGCGUUCGACCUCACUUCCCACCAAGCGGGUUACAUUCCCUAUUUCCCAUUCAGGUCGGGUGAUUUCGAAGACUCCCAAAUGUUCAACUCGCAUAACAGUGCGUUUGCUGGCGCAGCUGCUGGUCCUGGGUAUACUCACCAGAUUGCCGCCAUCAACCCUGGUAAUCCGAACCAACCAAACGUGAACGUCCUCGAGCGUUUCGAUGACCAGCCAUCAAUCCCUGGAAGUAAUUUCGUGAGCAUGAGCUCAAAAUCGUACGCCAUGUCUUCCAACAUCAACGGCAAAGAAACCAGCAAUCGAGGAUCAGAAACCGUCGUCAAUAACAAUGGAAAGAUUACUGAGUAUUCAGUACAUAGCUAAAGAGAUGACAAUUUGUCACAAUGGUUUCCAAUUUGGCAAUAUGUAUAGAUCUCAAAUAAAAUUUAUGACAAAAUGAAUGUAU